AUGGUCUCCCGGCAAGGGGACAUGGAGGGGGCUGCUGUUGGGCCUUCGCCCUCCAUGGCUGGAUCACCAGCCAUGGGGCCCUUGUUCCGGCCCCUCAGCACCAAGGAUGAGGAGCAGCAGACCACCAAAAUCGAGUCAUUGUGCAUGAACUGUUACUGGAAUGGCAUAAGCCUUCUGCUCACCAAGAUCUCCUUCUUUAGAGAAAUAAUCGGGAGUUCCUUUUCCUGUGAGCACUGUGGCUGGAACAACAUGGAGAUCCAGUCAGCAGGCAGGAUCCAGGACCAGGGAGUGCGCUACACUUUGACCAUCAGGGGCCAAGAGGACAUGAACAGAGAAGUGGUGAAGACGGACUCUGCCACCACAAGGAUCCCGGGGCUGGAUUUUGAAAGUCCAGCUUUCAGCCAGAAAGGAGCUCUGACCACCGUUGAAGGAUUGAUCAGCCUGGCAAUCUCUGGCCUAGAACAGGACCAGCCCACACGAUGGGUAAUGGAACAUGCCGUAGCCAAAAGGAUUGAUGUGUUCAUUGGCAAACUGAAGGACCUAAAGCAAGUGGCUUCCCCAUUCACUCUGAUCAUUGAUGAUCCCUUGGGAAACAGCUUUGUAGAAAACCCACAUGAUCCCCAGAAAGAUGAUGCCUUGGUGAUCACACACUACAGCCAGACGCCACAACAGGCUGAGAUGCUGAGUCUCCAAGCAGAAGCACGAGAAGAGAAGUCGGAAGAGGAAAACCUCAGAAAUGAAGUGCUCCAGUUCAACACCAACUGCCCAGAGUGCAACGCCCCAGCUCAGACCAACAUGAAGCUAGUCCAAAUCCCCCACUUUAAAGAGGUUAUCAUCAUGGCCAACAACUGUGAGAAAAGUGGGCAUCGGACUAAUGAGGUGAAGUCUGGAGGAGCAGGGGAGCCUUUGGGUACCAAGAUCACACUCCACAUCACAGAUCCCUCAGAUAUGACCAGAGACCUCCUCAAGUCUGAGAUGUGUAGUGAGGAAAUCCCGGAGCUGGAGUUUGAACUGGGAAUGGCUGUCCUUGGGGGCAAGUCCACCACUCUCAAGGGGCUUCUCAAAGAUAUCCAAGAAUUGGUAACCAAGAACCCAUUCACACUGGGUGACAGCUCGAACCCUAACCAGUUGGAGAAACUGCAGGAGUUUAGCCAAAAGUUGGAACAGAUCAUCGAGGGCAAGAUGAAGGCCCACUUUAUAAUGAACAAUCCAGCAGGAAACAGCUACCUGCAGAAUGUGUACGCCCCUGAAGAUGAUCCAGAGAUGAAGGUGGAGAGGUAUAAGUGUACCUUUGACCAUAAUGAGGAGCUUGAGCUCAAUGACAUAAAGACAGAGGGCUAUGAGGAAGCCUGGCCCCACAGCAGUAGCAGUGCACAGCUCACAGGCCAGCCUCAGUGUCACCAGCACCACAGGCUGACUUAUGACUGUUGGAAUAUGAAGAGCGUCCAAGCCCUUGCCCAUGGUGAGGAGGACAUCGCUUGA